GUUUUUGUUUGUUGUUGAGAUGAGACACAAGCGCGUCUUCGCCUCUUUGUGCUCACUCUCAUCUAGCACCCAUCAAAGCCUGACCAGGGAAUCAGUUGAUAAGAACAUCUAUCUACAUUUCUCUUUCCAAAGCUCGCUCGGGCCUACCGAUCUCACAGCAGUGUAGACCAACCUCUGUGAUAGAGCGGUGACAGCAGUGUAAACUCUGUGGUAGACUACAAAGUCUACGAGCUACAGCAGCACCGCCACCUCCGCUGCUGCAGGACGCCACAUUUUGUGAGGUUAUGAGCCUCGCUUUACGCGAACACUAGGAGCUGCGGACGUCACGACGGAAGUCAAGACAUCCUACUGCUGUGGACUACAACAUCCGUCUGUGGACUUCGAGUGGAAAUCUGGAUUCGGAAAUUUGGGAGAUCAUCAACGGUCAGCGGAAACGAAAUCGUCGGCGUUACUCGGAGGGACAUCAUGCCACUUCUCAAGGGAAUGCGCAGGCCUGAUCCCUCGGACACCAUCUUCGCCGCAUACGAGAGAGCAAACGAAGACCUCUACGCAAUCCUAUUCUGCCACGUCGAACUGCCGGCUGCACUAACCGCACACAAGCACGAAGACGACACCGGCCUUAGCGGCGACGGGCAGGCAGCAUUCGCGGACCUGAAGGCCAACUACAAUCGAGUGACAGAUGAAGUGAUCAGGGCUAAACUGGGCGACCUGGAAAGGACGGUCAUGAAGCCAGGAGAGAACCCGGACGAUUUCUUCAACAAGAAACACCGCCCCCGCUCUCAACUAGAGGAAAUGGGGGAAACCAUGUCCGGUCGCCGCUUCAAGGACAUAUGUGUGCAAGGUUUCUCCGAGGACUACAAGGACAUCAAGAUGAUGGUUUUCCGCGACCCAUCAUUCGACGUACAACAGAUGCAAGCCACCAUGCGCAACAUCUUCCUUGACGAGCAAAUGCGCAAGAGAACCAAGGGCCAAAUCGCUGGCCGCGGAUUCGCCAUGGCUACCAAGACAUCUGGCCCCAUCUGCUUCGAGUGCAACGAACCGGGACAUGUCAGGAGGAGCUGUCCCAAUCGCCAGCGGGAGGGCCAUAGGGCAAAGAAGACGAAGCCUGCGGGAGCAACCAAGUGGUGCUCCGUCCAUAACACCACUACACACUCCGACGAAGAGUGUUACAACCAAGGAGCCAAGCGACCAGAACGCACGGGCAAGGCCUUUUCUGCAUGCACACACUGCGUGCACUGCUCAACCCAGUCAAGAGACACACACGCCAAGCCUACCACGAGGGAAAUUCCCAAAGAAACAGAGAAGACCGAGAAGGCAGAGAUCGACUUCUCUUACGACGAAGAUGCAUUCAAGGGUGGAUUCAUGUACCAUGCUACAUGCAGCAAGGGAAGCGGACGCACUUUCACGACAACUGCAACUGGGACUUCCGCGCUGGUGGAUUCUGGAGCUUCUGAGACAAUUUUCGACAACCGCCUCAUCCCGAAUGGACGUCUCGAAGAAGAACGCCCGACGCCCAAGAUCAUCGACGUUGCAGGAGAAAGCCAACUACGAGGCACUACCACUGGGAUCCUACACUGCACCAUCAAAGACGACAAAGAACAGCAACUACCCGUCAAACUACAAGGUCUCAUCGUGCCAGGACUAGGCCGGAACAUCUUCGCACCAACGGCCCCCCUCAAGAAGGGCCUCCGAUGUGUCCUGGAAGACAAGACCCCACACCUCACAAUCGGCGGAGAAGUGGUCGUUCCUCUGAAACAAGAGGCUCAAGACCAAGGCAUGUGCACCCUCGCCAUCACAUUCAAGGGUGAUCCAGCGUCGACAAGCAAGACAACCCCGAACAACCAAGAACCAGGGCGGAAGCCGAAGUUCGGAAAACCAGAAGCGGUACAGAUCGAUCACACUCCGCACGCGACAUGCUCAGUGGCGAUGAGCGUGAGCGCCGACCUCUGGCACCGGCCCCUCGGCCACAUCAAUUCAAGUGCUAUGGAGAUUUUGCAGCGCAACCCCGCCACAGGUGUGAAAUAUGACGGACCUGUAUCCCCGUGCGACAACUGCCACAUCACGAAGCACAAGAAGGCUCCCGUCCCGAAGAAUACCAGCCGUGUCCUGACCAAACCAGGCCAACUCGUCCAGUUCGACAACAUGGGACCAAUCGACCCGCCUGCGAAGUACAACGGACGCACCUACUCCUAUGUCGCCAAAGCGACCGACGUCUUUACCAGCAUGCGGGAAGUGUACCUACUGCGCGACAGGACCGAAACCACGCAAGCUCUGCACGCCUACAACAUGCAAGUAGCAUCUGAAGGCUACCGCAUCGAGGCCGGCGCCAGGCGACGAGGAGAGGGACCCUACGACAGGCUCAUCAUCUUCGGCUGGCAGCGCACUCACUCUGACCCCUGUGUCUACAUCUUCGUAAGCAGGGACGAACUCACAAUCCUCGCGAUCUACGUCGAUGACAUGCUCAUCACGGGCGGAAAUAAGGAGAUCGUAAGUAGGAAAAAGAAGGAACUCAUGGACAGCUUCGAAAUGACAGACAUGGGAGAGGUCAAGCGCGUAAUCGGCAUCGAAGUGCAGCGGGACUACGAACAUGGCACACUAGCCAUAUCGCAAGGACCCUACGCGAGAGAUAUCCUACAGCGAUACGGAAUGGAACAGGCAAACCCGGUCAGCACCCCCGGGUAUGGAGCAGAACUAUCAACCGAGCAGCCACAAGACCAACUACUCGGACCCGAGGACAAGCAGAGAUUCCAGGCCAUCACCGGGAGUCUCCUGUACCUUGCCCAAUGCACCCGCUACGAUCUGUCAUACGCAGUGCACCAACUGACACGGGCAUGCGCAAAACCAGCACAGGUCCACAUGGCUGCGGCCAAGCAUCUACUACGGUACCUGCGCGGAAGGCCGGACCUGCCGAUCGUGCACAAGAAGGGGCAGUUCAUACUCUCGUGCUUCAUUGACUCGUCAUUUGGAGCGGCAGGUCUACCACCGGAUACCUGUUCUUCCUAGGAGGGGGACUGAUCAGCUACGGAGCCAAGGCACAGACUCUCGCAGCACAGAACACCGUGGAGGCCGAACUUCAAGCGCUGAGCUUCAGUGCUCGCGAGGCAGUCUACAUCUCCAACUUCAUGACGGAAAUCGGAUUCAAGACCUUUCGAUCGGUACCCAUCAACAGCGACAGCACCGGAGCAUUGACUGUGGCCAGCAACGCGAUGUUCAGCUCUAGAACCAAGCACAUCGCGCUCCGGUUCUUCUUCCUCAGGGAACUCACGAAGGGGCACCGGAUCACUCUUCACCACCAACCUAGUGCCACGAUGUUGGCGGACAUCGCGACGAAACAUCUCCCGAAGCAGCGAUUCGCCACCAUCAUGCAACUCAUCAAGGACUACAAGUGCUAGAACAUAUUAAGCACAAGAUCGCAUAUGGUUGAAUGUUUUGGACGCGUGUAUUGCUCACAGGAUGGAUUCAGUCAUGUGGAGGUCGAUAUUCUUUGAUAUGGAUUGGGAAUCGAGGGGUCGCAAGAAUGGCAGCGAAGUGAAGGUUGUUUGGAACAUCGGCUACUUGCCUAAUCGAGGGGUCGUGUCGAGGAAAACUGUUACAACGUAGUCAGGCACAGUUUACCAUAGGUGCGACUGCGGCAACCAGCCUUCCGUAGACAUAAUACAGAAAGAAGAGAUGGUACUCAGCAGAGAACAUGAGCACAGAGUUGGUUGUAGCGGAGAUAAUUUGGCAGGUGAGACUGUAGUUGUUCUAUUGUUCUGAACCCCGAAGUUCCGGUACCGGGGCCAUUACCCCGGAGACCCUCGGAACCUGCUGUGUUUUUGCUGCUUGUUUUUUGUUUUUUUUUGUUG